AUGCAUUGUGGGUUACUGGAGGAACCCGACAUGGAUUCCACAGAGAGCUGGAUUGAAAGAUGUCUCAACGAAAGUGAAAACAAACGUUAUUCUAGCCACACAUCUCUGGGGAAUGUUUCUAAUGAUGAAAAUGAGGAAAAAGAAAAUAAUAGAGCAUCCAAGCCCCACUCCACUCCUGCUACUCUGCAAUGGCUGGAGGAGAACUAUGAGAUUGCAGAAGGGGUCUGCAUCCCUCGCAGUGCCCUCUACAUGCAUUACCUGGAUUUCUGCGAGAAGAAUGACACCCAGCCCGUCAAUGCUGCCAGCUUUGGAAAGAUCAUAAGGCAGCAGUUUCCUCAGUUAACCACCAGAAGACUCGGGACCCGAGGACAGUCCAAGUAUCAUUACUACGGCAUCGCGGUGAAGGAAAGCUCCCAAUAUUAUGAUGUGAUGUAUUCCAAGAAAGGAGCCGCCUGGGUGAGCGAGACGGGCAAGAAAGAAGUGAGCAAACAGACGGUGGCAUAUUCACCCCGGUCCAAACUUGGAACAUUGCUGCCAGAGUUUCCAAAUGUCAAAGAUCUAAAUCUGCCGGCCAGUCUGCCAGAGGAGAAGGUUUCUACCUUUAUUAUGAUGUACAGAACACACUGUCAGAGAAUACUGGACACUGUAAUAAGAGCCAACUUUGAUGAGGUUCAAAGUUUCCUUCUGCACUUUUGGCAAGGAAUGCCGCCGCACAUGCUGCCCGUGCUGGGCUCCUCCACGGUGGUGAACAUCGUCGGCGUGUGUGACUCCAUCCUCUACAAAGCUAUCUCCGGAGUGCUGAUGCCCACUGUGCUGCAGGCAUUACCUGACAGCUUAACUCAGGUGAUCCGAAAGUUUGCCAAACAGCUGGAUGAGUGGCUAAAAGUGGCUCUCCAUGACCUCCCAGAAAAUUUACGAAACAUCAAGUUUGAAUUGUCGAGAAGAUUUUCCCAAAUUCUGAGACGGCAAACAUCACUAAAUCACCUUUGCCAGGCAUCUCGAACAGUGAUCCACAGUGCAGACAUCACAUUCCAAAUGCUGGAAGACUGGAGGAACGUGGACCUCAACAGCAUCACCAAGCAAACCCUUUACACCAUGGAAGACACUCGAGAUGAGCACCGGAAGCUCAUAAUCCAGUUGUAUCAGGAGUUCGACCAUCUCCUGGAGGAGCAGUCUCCCAUCGAGUCCUACAUCGAGUGGCUGGACACCAUGGUGGACCGGUGUGUUGUGAAGGUGGCUGCCAAGAGGCAAGGGUCCCUGAAGAAGGUGGCCCAGCAGUUCCUCUUGAUGUGGUCCUGUUUUGGCACAAGGGUGAUCCGGGACAUGACCUUGCACAGUGCCCCCAGCUUCGGGUCUUUUCACCUAAUUCACUUGAUGUUUGAUGACUAUGUGCUCUACCUGUUAGAAUCCCUGCACUCCCAGGAGCGCGCCAGUGAGCUCAUGCGAGCCAUGAAGGGAGAAGGAAGCACCGCAGAAGUCCGAGAGGAGAUUAUCUUGACGGAGGCUGCCCCACCAACCCCUUCACCAGUGCCAUCGUUUUCUCCAGCAAAAUCUGCCACGUCCGUGGAAGUGCCACCUCCCUCCUCCCCUGUCAGCAACCCAUCCCCUGAGUACACUGGCCUCAGCACUACAGGAGCGAUGCAGUCAUACACGUGGUCUCUAACAUACACAGUGACAACGGCGGCAGGGUCCCCGGCUGAAAACUCCCAACAGCUGCCCUGUAUGAGGAGUACACACGUGCCUUCCUCCUCGGUCACACACAGGAUCCCAGUUUAUCCCCACAGAGACGAGCACGGAUACACGGGAAGCUAUAACUAUGGGAGCUAUGGCAACCAGCAUCCUCCCCCAAUGCAGAGCCAGUACCCGGCCCUCCCGCACGACACAGCCAUCUCGGGACCGCUGCACUACUCCCCGUACCACAGGAGCUCCGCACAGUACCCGUUUAAUAGCCCCACUUCCCGGAUGGAACCUUGUUUGAUGAGCAGUACUCCCAGACUGCAUCCUACCCCAGUCACCCCCCGAUGGCCAGAGGUGCCCACAGCCAACACGUGCUACACAAGCCCGUCUGUGCAUUCCACGAGGUAUGGAAACUCUAGUGACAUGUACACACCCCUGACCACGCGCAGGAAUUCUGAGUAUGAGCACAUGCAACACUUUCCUGGCUUUGCUUACAUCAACGGAGAGGCCUCCACAGGAUGGGCUAAGUGA